AAAAACCAUCCUUUUCCAAUUUUAACACCAAAAUUUUGUAGUCACUGUUUAGUUGUUGUCCUAAAGAGUCCUUGAUCUUGACUUCCUCAUUUUCACUCAAUUUUUUGAACCAAAACGGCGAAGAACCCUUGUAGAGCGAAUCGCAAGUGGCGCAAUAAUAGCCCUCCGUGAUGCUCGGUCCCAACCGUCGCCGAUUCCACCACAUUAUAACCAGUAGCCGCCGCCACUACGCGACCAAAUACAUAGCCAAAAUAACCUCAACUUCCCCGGGCGGUCGCUCCCUCUCCGCCGAAGUCUCCCUUCCUACCGUCGCCACCGACUCUCGCGGCUACCCGAUCCCACGCUACCAACUCAUCUGCAAAGUGACACACAUCCUCACCAAAUCCCAAUUCCAAUCCAACCCUUUCACCGAUCUCUCACAGUACCUUUCGUCCCUCUCCCCAACCCUCACCACCAAUGAAGCCUCCCUCAUUCUUAAAUCCCUAAACUGCCCUUCCCUCGCCUUGAAAUUCUUCCACUUUUGCUCCUCCCUGUCCCCCAAUUUCCGCCACGACCCAUUCACCUAUUCUCGUCUCUUCCUCAUCCUCUCCAAAUCCUUGCGCCCCGAUCGCUUCAACACCGUACGGUCGCUCCUCGAUGACAUGGAAAAGUCUGGCAUACGUGGAAACAUCUCCACUGUCAAUAUCCUUAUAGGGUUUUUCGGGAACACUGAGGAUUUGGGCACGUGUAUGAGGCUAGUGAAGAAAUGGGAGUUGAAUAUGAAUGCUUACACUUAUAAGUGCUUGGUUCAAGCUUACUUAAGGUCAUUUGACUCAGGGAAAGCGUUUUCGGUUUAUGGGGAGAUGAAGAGGAAAGGUUACAAGUUAGAUAUCUUUGGUUAUAACAUGUUGUUGAAUGCUUUGGCGAAGGAUGGGAAGGUUGAUCAGACGUACAUGGUUUUUGAAGACAUGAAAAGAAAGCAUUGUGUGCUGGAUGAGUAUACGUACACAGUUAUGAUGAAAAUGAAUGGAAAACUCGGUAGAUGUGAUGAAUCACUGAAACUUUUUGAUGAAAUGGUGUCAAAAGGCUGUUCUCUUAAUUCGAUUAUUUAUAAUACUGUGAUUCAGGCACUAGCCAAUGGGCGGAUGGUUGACAAGGUUAUUAGCCUCUUCCAUGAAAUGGUCGAGAAUGGUUGUCGGCCCAGUGAAUUUACAUACAGUGUGAUUCUAAAUGUUUUGGUUGUGGAAGGGCGACUUAAUAAACUAGAUGAAGUUAUUGAAAUAUCAAAGAAAUAUAUGAGUAAGUCAAUAUAUGCAUAUCUUGUAAGGACAUUGAGUAAGCUGGGUCAUGCUAGCGAGGCUCACCGGUUAUUUUGCAACAUGUGGAACUUUCACGAUAAGGGAGACAAGGAUGCAUGUGUUUCAAUGUUGGAAAGCCUUUGUAGUGCAGGUAGAACAACUGAGGCAAUUGAUCUGGUAAGUAAGAUUAAGGGAAAGGGAAUCAACACUGAUGCAUUCAUGUAUAACAUGGUAUUUUCUGCACUUGGUAGGCUAAAGCAAAUAUCCCAUCUUCAUGACCUUUAUGAAAAGAUGAAACAGCAGGGUCCUUCACCCGAUAUAUUUACUUACAAUAUUCUAAUCUGUAGCUUUGGAAGGGCUGGGAAAGUUGAUGAGGCUAUCAAAAUCUUUGAGGAACUCGAUCAAAGUGAUUGUAGACCUGAUACUGUAUCGUAUAAUUCUUUGAUCAAUUGCCUCGGGAAAAAUGGUAAUAUUGAUGAAGCUCACAUGAGAUUCAAGGAGAUGCAAGAGAAAGGAAUAAAUCCAGAUGUUGUAACAUACAGCACACUUAUUGAGUGCUUUGGCAAAACAGAUAAAGUUGAGAUGGCUUGUGCACUAUUCGAUGAAAUGUUUGCUGCAGGCUGUUGUCCAAACAUUGUGACAUACAACAUUUUACUCGACUGUCUCGAGAAAACCGGCAGGACUGCUCAGGCAGUAGACCUGUAUACAAAACUUAAACAGCAGGGGUUAACACCUGAUUCAAUUACAUAUGCGGUGCUUGAACGGCUACAAAGUGGUCCACAAAAGAAAUUUAGAGUUCGGAGGCAAAAUCCUAUCACUGGUUGGGUUGUUAGCCCUUUGAAAUAAUGAAAGACUAGAAAGCUAUUGACAGCCGGAGAAGGUGUCAAUUUGUGUCAACCAUUUCCCAUCGACUAAUAAGAAGUCUGCAAGCCAAGUCUUUAGGUAUGUAAUAUGCAUUUAGCUUUUUGAAUGCUCCUCCCAGGCCUCCUUGCCUUAUACUUUCUUUACCCUUUAAUUAAAUUUUGUCCCCUUGCAAUUUUGUUAAAAGUUGGCGUUGUGUAGGACUCAAACUAAAAUGAUUGCAUUGAAGUUGUAGGAGAGGGUUUUGGGAUUCUUCUUUUGCAAACUUCUAAGUUGCUUUGAGAAUAAAUAGUGAGUUGUAUGAUAAACCACACAUAAAUGUAACGUUCAUUCUCUUCUUUCUUCAAAUUAUUUAAUAGUAAA